ACAGAUACAAAGACAUGAAACAUAAAUACAAUUAUUUGUAUUUCUUCUAAAUUUGUCUGAAUAUCUUCGUCUUUAUUUCGUGCAUUCUCCCAUAUCAAUUUUCGUUCUGUUACUGAUAUUUGUGGCACUUCCUGUCUUCCAAAGAGGUUGAAAGCUCUCAGUGGUGAAGCCUGAAGAAGGAUAUCUGUCUCACAACAUGGCGUUAUAAUGCAACAAACCAUUUUUAAUAGCUUGUAACUUUUAUUUUCUUAUGUACUAAUUGUAUUUUCAAGAAAACGGAAUAAACAUGAGAAGACUUUGUUUUUAACAACAUAUUUUAGGCAAAGAUGGUUAAACCCUUGAAUAUGACUGGAUGCAGUAUAAGAUGACAAAUUCAUGUCUUAUAUAAUAGAGCUGAGUUACUAUUAAGAUGUUAUUAUUCGUAUAAAGUCUUUCUAAUGAAACUCUUAUAACCAACUGUAUUUUUAUCUGAAACAGUCAUUAAAAAACCAUGUGAAAUAAGCAAGGCGCGGAGGCAGCUCCAGUCCAGCAGGUGGCGGUAGAACACUGGAUUUUCCGUAAUGUUGUAAUGAAAAGAAGAACAGGAGGCGGUUCGGUUGCAGCCAGCUGGACGUCCUGAGAAUAUUUCAGGGAUUUAGGAGUUGGCUUCAUUCGGUCUGGAUUUUCCGAUUCACUGUCCAGACAGCAGGAAUUAACCGUACCAGGCAGCCGAAUCGGACGGAUUCAAACCGGUUCUGAAAAGCAUUUGAAGCUGGAGCAGACCGGUUAAAAAUCCAGAACCUUCUUCUUGCUCAGAAAUACCAGAAGUUAAUCCAGCGUCCUGUUUAGGCGAGCAGUUACUCAAACUUUCUGUUCAGGCAAGAUGAAGCUCUGUCACUGCUGCACAACCCUGCUGCUAUUCACCUCCAUCUCAGCUCACAGUGACUUCUUCACCUCCAUCGGUCACAUGACCGACCUUCUGUUCAUGGAGAAGGACCUGGUCUCCUCGCUGAAGGACUACAUCAGAGCAGAGGAGGACAAACUGCAGCGAAUCAAACUGUGGGCGGACAGACUGGACGACCUCUCGAUGGCUGGCUCUCAGGAUCCUGAAGCUUUCUUGGGUCACCCGGUGAACGCCUUUAAACUGAUAAAGAGGCUCAACACAGAGUGGGCAGAGCUAGAGAACCUGGUGCUGACUGACAUGUCAGACGCAUUUGUCUCCAACCUCACCAUCCAGAGGCAGCACUUCCCAAACGAUGAUGACCAGACUGGAGCAGCAAAAGCCCUGAUGAGGCUACAAGACACCUACAAGCUGGACACGGAGACCAUCUCCAGCGGGCAGCUGCCAGGCUCGUCCUCGGUGGCCAUGAUGAGCAGCAUCCUAUCUGUAGAAGACUGCUAUGACCUGGGAAAGGUGGCGUAUUCUGAUGUGGAUUAUUACCACACAGAGCUGUGGAUGGCUCAGGCCCUAAAGCAGCUGGACCAGGGGGAAGAGUCCAGCACCGUGGACUCUGUCGCCAUCCUGGACUACCUCAGCUACUCCGUCUACCAGCAGGGGGAGCUGGAGAGGGCACUUGACUUCACCAAGAGGCUGCUGGAGCUUGACCCAUCACACCAGCGGGCCAACGGAAACCUGAAGUACUUUGAGUACCAGCUAUUCAAGAAGAAGAUGAAGGAGGGCCAGGAGGAUGAGGAUGAAGAGCAGAGGACAAGGAAGGAGAGCCGAGGUCGCCGUGACGACUACCUGCCAGAGAGGAAGCAGUACGAGAAGCUGUGUCGCGGCGAAGGUGUCCGGAUGACGCCUCGCAGGCAGAGCCGCCUCUUCUGUCGUUACUACGACAACGGCAGGCACCCCAAGUUUGUAAUUGGACCGCUGAAGCAAGAAGACGAGUGGGACAGCCCUCACAUCGUCCGUUACCAUGACAUCGUGUCAGAUCGAGACAUUGAGAAGGUGAAGGAGCUAGCCAAACCCAGGCUCCGUCGAGCCACUAUCUCCAACCCCGUCACCGGUGUCCUGGAGACGGCCCACUACCGCAUCAGUAAGAGCGCCUGGCUCGGAGCGUACGAGCAUCCUGUGGUGGAUAAAAUCAACCAGAAGAUCGAGGACAUAACCGGGCUGGACGUCAGCACGGCUGAGGACCUGCAGGUGGCGAACUACGGCGUCGGAGGGCAGUAUGAACCUCAUUUUGACUUUGGACGGAAAGAUGAGCCGGAUGCGUUUGAAGAGUUGGGAACCGGGAACCGGAUCGCCACCUGGCUGCUCUACAUGAGCGACGUACAGGCAGGGGGCGCCACUGUCUUCACCGACAUCAGUGCUGCUGUUCAACCAAAAAAGGGCUCGGCUGUGUUUUGGUUCAACCUGUAUCCCAGUGGAGAGGGGGACUAUCGGACCAGGCACGCAGCCUGCCCGGUGCUGCUGGGAAACAAGUGGGUUUCCAACAAAUGGAUCCAUGAACGGGGACAGGAGUUCAGGAGGCGCUGCGGGCUUCACUGGACCGACUGACGGUCCUUCAUCUCCAACGUGAUCCUCUUCUGCCUCAUCCUGUUCUUCUGCUCCAUAGUGAGCUGCAGAGCUUCUCUCCCCUGAUCUGACACUUUUAUUUUAUCCUCUAUGUGUGUGUGUGUGUGUGUGUGUGCACAGAUCAGGGUACUGCUGCCUUGCUGCAUGUUCAGGUGUGUGGAACAGAGAACGCUGAGCGCUCUUCCCUCUGUUGGGCUGCUUUGAUUGUCAUCCUGAAUGUGUGAAGCAGCAGGUACUAGAACAUGUCAAAAACAUGCCUCUACCCAAUGGAGAAAAAUCCAAACAUCCCGUUGCAGGAGUUUUCCUUUCUGUCACAGGUAAGUUAAAGGUCCAGUGGGGAACAAGUAUUUAUGGGAACCAGUCUUUGGUUAAUCACCAGUGUAGCAGUGGGAACGUUCUGAUAAACUUCUGUGGAAGAAGAGAGCUAUUCAGAGGACAGUUUCUUCACAUUUUUAGACAUGAAAUGAAAAGUUGCUGUCUGAAACUGACUCUUCGCCCAAUUAGAAUCUUCUUCUCAGGAACAUUCAGUGUUUAUAUGAGCUCCAUGCUGUGUAUUCCCCCUGAGCUCUGAGGUUCGAGGUACAUUAGAGCGAGAAAGUGUGCUCCACGGUAUUGCCUGCAGGAGUGUUGCUGCCUCAGACGACAGCUAAAACAUAAUAAACCCAUGAUGGUCUUCUGUCCAUCUGAUCCCGAGAAUACUGGUGGUUGCUCGCAAAUCUUUCUGAAGCUUCAGUCAGCGGAGGAGACGGAUCACUGCCACUGCAGCUUGAAACAAACCUCAAAGUUCUAACUUCUAAGGUUCCUGCAGUGAAAACACCACAAGUGCAGAGGUCUUCCUCAGUGUUGUAGAACUCUCCUCAUCCUCCACCGUUUUUCCUUUCAUUUCAAUCCAUUGAUGUCAUUUAAAGGCAUUUUACAGAAAAACCAGAUCCAAUUUAUAUCCAGAAAUAUGUUAUCAAAUAAUCCAGUACAAUCCAAGCAUUCAUUAAAUUCCAUUGACAUCCAUUUGAGUUUGAUCCCAUUUAUGAUUCAUUGAAGUUAGUAUUUUUAAUAAAAAGUUUUCUAUCGACUUGGCAGCGACUCGAUGCCCAACUGGUUGCAUUGAGACACUGAAUCUUCCUCCUAAGCUAGCAUACGGCAACAGUAGACGGAAACUAGCUGCCAAAUGACACAUUUACAGGAAAUUCUGCAUGAGAAAAUUCUCACAUGAAGUGGCUAAAUUGCUGUUGGAAAACUCGAUUCUUGUCCUGUUUCAAGUGCGCUCACAGUUACUUGUUUAGGCUCAUCUUUCUAGGUUUUUUUACUUGUUUGUGUGGCGCGGCACUGCUAACACUGAUCAGGGUUUACUUAGGGGUCAUAAUUAACUUAAGAACAGGCUUGUGGAUCACCUGCUUUAAUCCUGAUGGGGAUUCGUAUGGGAACAAGCUUGUUCAGCGUUUCCCCAGAAAGCAGGUGGACAAUGGGUGCUAUCCUCGGUUUGACCACCAGAUGUCAGUAUUUGUUAAACACUGAAUCUUUAAUGCCAGAACAAAUAUAAUAGGAGGUAUAACUUCCCCCUGAGCUCAGAGCUGACAGCCAAGACAUCCAGGCCACAAAGUGGCUCCAUUUGGAAAGAACGGGAUGCAUUCCCUCUAACAGACAGCAGGGGGCCACUCCUGUAUCUAUGACUCCGGAGACAGAACAUUUAGGGUUCCUGCUCAGCGUUCUUUGUUCACCUCAGACACUGAAUGAAUAACUCCAGACAGAAACACACACUUGUUUGUGUCGAGGUUGCCGCCUCCUGCUACACUUUUCACUCUUCAUCUGCUGACUGUUACCAUGACAACCACUCCAGGAUCAGCACAAAGCCUCUCAGCUAGUUGGCAUUAUGCUUAUCUCAGAUACUAUAUUUUCUAUUUUUGAUGAGAAAACUGCACCUGGAGAUUAAAGUUCCCAUGAUGCAACGGGCAGAGUCGGAACAGUGAAUGGACUCAGCUCCGCCCACUGCUGUUCAACCGCGUGUACACACCUAAACGAACUGCAUACUUUAAAACACCAGGGGUUUAUAGAUAUGUAGUAACUGGAUUACACAGGAAGGUGGCGUCACUGUUAGCUGCUGGCCUUUUCAGUUACUUCUCUUGAUUAUCCUUGAUGUUCGAGAUCUCCAGAGGUUAUAGAUUUAAAUCGCAUCUAUGUGCCAGUUGGUAAAAAGAUUGUCUCCAGGGUUUAUAAAUAGGCGUUGACACUAUGCAGCAUGUUUGGACAAGCCAAGCUCAGGCAAUAACCUUUUAUGAACCCUGAAGGGAAAUUAGAUGACAUCAGGCGGAGGUGGCACCAUUAUUUUCCUUAAAAGAGCCUUCAGUCCUCCUCUGGUCCGUCAGAGAAACCGUUAAACCCGUCAGCUGUAGAAUUACAGAAUCAGGUAAGGCAACAUCAGGAAUAAAACAUGUAAAAAUGUGCAGCUUUUAGACUUAAUUGAUGCUUCAGAUCAGUGUUUUAACUCCCUGAUUCACAAAAAAAAAAUGUUCAUUACUGUUUUUAUUCUUUUUGAAAUGUAAAAUUGAUGUGAAAGAUGGCACAUUUAUUGUUUGCCAUGCUGGUUGUUUUAUGGGAACUUUAAUGCCAGAAUAAGCCACAUUUAACCCUUUGAGGCUGCAGAUCAAGAUGCAGCAGAAUGCUUCAGUUUUAAACCCUUGUUGCCUUUUUUUUUAGUCAUCCACAUUAUUUAAUUGAACCAAAAAAAUGUGUGAUCGUGUUUGUAUGUCCAUGGGAAAACUGUGAUGUAAUGAAUAUAAUGAUGAUGUUCAAAAUGAAGUGAUCAGAACAAAAUAAAACUGCUGUGAAAACGCA